ACCCCCCAAUACGCCGCCCGCAAUGCGCCUCCCGUUUAGACCCACCGUGGCCGUAGCCAAUGCCGACGCCGUCCUCCCCCGCGCCGGCCCCGUCGCCGGCUUCGGCGCCACCACGCCGCCGGACGCCCGCAUGGUCAAGACGGGCUUCGACCCGGCCGCCUAUCGCCUCAACCUCCACCUCCAGUCCCUCAUCUCCUCCGGCCGCCUCGCGCAGGCCCGCGCCCUGUUCGACCAAAUGCCCCACACCAAGAACGCCUUCUCCCUCAACCGCAUGCUCUCCGGCUACUCCAGGUCGGGCCAGCUCGCCGCCGCGCACCAGCUCUUCCUCUCCUCCCCGCCCCGCCUCCGCGAGGCCGUCACCUGGACCAUCAUGAUGGCCGCCUUUGCCGCCGCCCCCGGCCGCGCCGCCGACGCCCUAGCCCUCUUCCGCGACAUGCUCAGGGAGGGCGUCGCCCCGGACCGCGUCACCGUGUCCACCGUGCUCAACGUGCCCGCCUCUGGCACCGUGACCGCGUCGCUCCAUCCUUUCGCCGUCAAGCUCGGCCUCCUCCGCUCCAGCGUCGUCGUCUGCAACACGCUGCUCGACGCCUACUGCAAGCACGGCCUCCUCGCUGCUGGCAUGAGAGUGUUCCAGGAGAUGCCGCACAGGGACUCCGUCACCUACAAUGCCAUGAUGAUGGGGUGCUCCAAGGAGGGGCUGCACAGGGAAGCGCUGGUCCUAUUUACUGAUAUGCGCCGCACGGGUCUUGACGCCAGCCAGUUCACCUUCUCCAGCAUGCUCACCGUAGCCACAGGCAUGGGUGAUCUCCACCUUGGGCGCCAGGUCCACGGCCUCGUGGCCAGAGCCACCUCCGCGCACAACGUGUUUGUCAAGAACUCGUUGCUGGAUUUCUACUCCAAAUGUGACUGCCUUGCUGAGAUGGAGAAGCUGUUCGACGAGAUGCCAGAGCGCGACAAUGUCUCAUAUAAUGUCAUGAUCUCAGGCUAUGCUUGGAACCGGUGCGCUAGCAGAGCGCUGCGGCUGUUCAGAGAGAUGCAGAUACUCUGUUUCGACAGGCAGGCCUUACCUUAUGCUAGUUUGCUGAGUGUUGCUGGCUCACUGCCUCACAUUGGGAUUGGGAAGCAAAUACAUGCUCAGCUGGUCCUUCUUGGCCUUUCUUCGGAGGAUCUUGUGGGCAACGCCUUGAUUGACAUGUAUUCAAAAUGUGGGAUGUUGGAUGCUGCAAAGACCAAUUUUCUCAACAAGAAUGACAAGACAGGCGUUUCAUGGACAUCAAUGAUAACUGGGUAUGUCCAGAAUGGGCAGCUGGAGGAAGCGCUGCGGUUAUUCUGUGACAUGAGAAGAGCUGGUCUGAGCCCGGACAGGGCGACAUUUUCAAGCAUCAUUAAGGCUUCCUCAAGCCUGGCAAUGAUCGGGUUAGGGAGGCAGUUACAUUCUUACACUAUCAGAUCAGGCCACAUCUCCAGUGUGUUCUCAGGAAGUGCCCUUCUUGACAUGUACGCAAAGUGUGGCUGUUUGGAUGAGGCACUCCAAACAUUUGAUGAGAUGCCUGAGAGGAAUUCCAUCUCGUGGAAUGCUGUUAUUUCAGCCUACGCGCACUACGGGCAGGCAAAGAACGCCAUCAAGAUGUUUGAAGGUAUGCUCCAUUAUGGGUUCAAACCAGAUUCAGUCACCUUCUUGAGUGUACUGUCAGCCUGCAGUCACAACGGCCUUGCAGAAGAAUGUAUGAAAUACUUUGAAUUGAUGGAACAUGAAUAUGGCAUAUCCCGCUGGAAGGGACACUAUGCUUGUGUUAUCGAUACAUUAGGUCGGGUGGGACGUUUUGAUAAAGUUCAGCAAAUGUUGAGCGAGAUGCCAUUUGAAGAUGACCCAAUCAUUUGGAGCUCCAUUCUUCACUCGUGCAGGAUCCAUGGAAACCAGGAUUUAGCUAGAGUGGCAGCUGAAAAGUUGUUCAGUAUGGGAUCCACCGAUGCGACGCCUUACGUUAUACUGUCCAACAUAUAUGCAAAGGCUGGUAAAUGGGAAGACGCUGCCCGUGUUAAAAAGAGCAUGAGAAAUAGAGGACUUAGGAAAGAGUCAGGUUACAGUUGGGUUGAAGUCAAACAAAAAAUCUACAGCUUUUCUUCAAAUGACCAAACCAACCCGAUGAUAUCCGAGAUGAAAGAAGAGCUUGAGAGGAUGUACAAAGAGAUGGAUAAACAGGGAUAUAAGCCCGACACUAGCUGUGCCUUGCAUCAAGUGGAUGAUGACUUAAAGUUGGAGUCAUUGAAAUACCACAGCGAGAGAUUGGCCAUUGCAUUUGCUCUGAUUAACACCCCACCAGGGACGCCAAUUAGAGUUAUGAAAAAUCUAUCCGCUUGCCUAGACUGCCAUGCUGCAAUCAAGAUGAUGUCAAAGAUUGUGAACAGAGACAUAAUUGUAAGAGAUUCAAGCAGGUUUCACCAUUUCAAGGAUGGAGUUUGUUCUUGUGGAGACUAUUGGUAGGGAUUAGGCUUUCUUGUGCAAAUCAAGGAUGCACACUGAACAUGCUGACAAACAACUAAGGAUUGUAAGAGCACAUCUAUCAGAUAUUUCGGUGGCCUCAAGCCCUCAACCUCUGGGUCGUCCGGGUCCGCUGUGCGUGCUCCCGUCCGCGUUGCCGAGGGACGCCUCCUCCUGCCGUGCUCCUGUCCAGUAUUUUGUUAUGGAAAAUUUUCUUACCAUCGCCUCACCUAUUUGGACAAUUAGGUGAGCUCUACAAUUUGGUUCUGUAUCCUUAAGAGGGAACACGAGUUAGUCAUGUUACCAUAGUAACAUAAACUCUUACUCCAUAGUUACAAUCCCUAAACUGUGCUGAAAUGCAAUGCUAAGCAAAUGGAAGAUAACAGUUUGUACCGGCAAAAGGUCAGUUACAGUACUUUGCCCCACUAAAAGAGAGGGAUAUUAUCACCGUCCGUGGUGCAUCUUGUUUGCAUUUUCCUGUGAUAGAAACAGGUGCAUUUUGUUACAUUUUUCCAUGCUGGAUUUUAGAUAUGAUGUUGAUGCCUACAAUUCUUUUUACUGAAUUUAUAUGGCACAUGAGAACUGAUACAUUACUGCCCUCAGUCCUUUUGCUUUUAUGUAUAUUUAGGAACAUGAUACUACACUUGAUCUUUUCGCAAAAUAAAAACUGUUUGCAACAGAGAUGAUACCUGUGAUUUUAGUCAGCUAAUGCUGAUGCUAUAUGGGAUUUUGUUUGUAUUGAAGGAACUGUGUACAUAAUGAACCAUAUAUUACUUAUCCAGUGAUGUAUGCAGUAUGCUCAGUACUAAUCCAGUGUGUUGUUUUCUUGUGAUGGAAACUGCUGCAUUUGUUGUCCAUUUUGCCAUCGUGAGCUUCAGAUAACUACUUUGUGUGCAAAUAUGCCAAUGGAUAACAUCCUCUGGAUUAACAAGUUCCUGUGUGCUGCUGCUCUUACUAUCUACCUGGUAGGCUGGUCUGACAGUGCUAUUGAUGGCUUUUUCCUCUGGAGUACCAAGAAAAAUAGCAGAUCACCCCUGCAGUAGAAGCCAUGCAAGCGCCAUGUAAAAUGGUUUUCAAUCGGAACCGAAGCCAUCUAUUGAAGUAACAUCUGUAGGGACUGAACCUGUAUGCCACUCCCACUAAUAUAGAGUGAAGGCAAUAAAAAAAUUGUUUGUUGUUGGCUUAUAACGGUAACUGGCCAAGCUACUUCGCUCACUUUCGUUGCAUUUUAUGGGUCCUUCUGUGUGUCACUGUUGUCAUUCUGGGCCUUACUGCUUGGAGGAGGGUCAGGGACAUUUUCUGCACGGGAAGAGCGGCGUCUGUGGUGGUAUUGGCCAGAAGUAGGUUCCUGAUGUUCUGACGAAACUAGCAGACAAUAUUGUUGUGAACCCAAUCUCCAAGAAGCUUGUGUGGCUAAAAUUGUAACGAAGCUGUACAUGAAUCAUAUUUGCUGCCCAUUCAUUGCUUUUGGUCGCUUGUGGUCAGUGGUACUUGGGUACUGCAUCAGCAAAAUUCUAGUCACAUUCUUACUGCGAAAUUGGGAGGAAGUUGGCAUUUGACCAUGCAGGACAGAGUUGACGACA